AAAUUUAUUAUAGCUCGAUUUAUGUACAGCGCACAUCACUAAUUUUCAUUGGCAUUUAAAUCGAACGGUUUCGGCGCGUUCUCCGCUUUGUGGCUAUUUUUCGUGAACUGUGAAUUAGCGGAUUUUGCAUCAACGCGAAGGCGAGGAAGUUUUUUGUGUUUCGAGUGAACGCCAAGGCAAAGGGACAUCAGAGCAAAAUGGCCGCAAAACCGGAGGAUAAAAGCACAGAUAUACCGGAUCGUCUCUUCGACUCCAAUCAACGCAGGACGUAUAAGCGUAUGCGCUUCUUUGGAAAGGGCGGCUUUGCCAAGUGCUACGAAAUCAUCGAUGUGAAGACCGACGAUGUUUUUGCCGGCAAAAUCGUAUCAAAGAAGCUGAUGAUCAAGCACAACCAGAAGGAGAAGACCGCUCAGGAGAUUACCAUUCAUCGUAGUCUCAAUCAUCCCAACAUAGUGAAGUUCCAUAGCUAUUUCGAGGAUGUCCAGAACAUUUACAUUGUCCUGGAGCUUUGCAAGAAGCGGUCGAUGAUGGAGCUGCACAAGCGCCGGAAAAGCAUCACGGAGUUCGAGUGCCGCUACUACAUUUACCAGAUCAUCCAAGGCGUCAAGUAUCUGCACGACAACCGCAUUAUCCAUCGCGACUUGAAGCUAGGAAACCUGUUCUUGAACGAUAUGCUGCACGUGAAGAUUGGCGACUUUGGCCUAGCCACUCGCAUCGAAUAUGAGGGCGAACGCAAGAAGACUCUGUGCGGCACCCCAAACUACAUUGCCCCGGAAAUUCUCACCAAAAAGGGGCAUUCGUUCGAAGUGGACAUAUGGUCCAUUGGCUGCGUCAUGUACACUCUGUUGGUAGGCCAACACCCGUUUGAGACCAAAACGCUGAAGGACACUUAUUCAAAGAUCAAGAAGUGCGAGUACAGAGUGCCAAGCUACUUGAGAAAACCUGCUGCUGAUAUGGUGAUCUCCAUGCUCCAGCCGAACCCUGAGAGCCGCCCAGCAAUUGGCCAGUUGCUGAACUACGACUUCCUGAAGGGCUCGAAGGUGCCAACGUUCUUGCCAAGCUCUUGCCUAACUAUGGCUCCGCGAAUUGGCAUCAACGACACCAUUGAAGACUCCAUUCAUCGCAAGCCGCUGAUGGAGAUGAACGGCAUUAGGGAUGAUACUCGUCUGGAGUCAACAUUCCUCAAUACCAACUUGCACGACGCCAUCACUGCCUCGGCCCAGGUGUGCCGCACAACGAAAGAUACGCAGCGACACAUUGAGAGCUUGCACCAGCAGCUCACAAUCUGA